ACCCGCCGCCUUAUAAACCCCGGCCACCACCACACGUCCCCCAGCCAACCCACCACCACCGGAUCAGCUGCUAGCUUCCUCCUCCCACAUCAGGCGGCGCCAGCCGAGGACACCGUCGGAGCCCACAACCACCCACCCGAAUAAGGCACCCGCACACCCCACCUCCGGCCGGCCGGAAACACCGCGCGCCCGGAAUGGAGAACGGCAACGGCGCGUCGCCGUGCUGCAACGGCAACGGCAACGGCGCGGCGGCGGCGGCGGCGCCGCCGCACGUGGCGAUGCUGGUGACGCCGGGGAUGGGCCACCUGAUCCCGCUGGCGGAGCUGGCCAAGCGGCUGGCGCGGCGGCACGGCGCGGCGGCGACGCUCCUCACGUUCGCGUCGGCGGCGUCGGCCACGCAGCGCGCGUUCCUGGCGUCGCUGCCGCCCGCCGUCACCUCCCUGGCGCUCCCGCCCGUCGACCUCUCCGACCUGCCCCGCGGCGCCGCCAUCGAGACGCUCAUGUCCGAGGAGUGCGCGCGCAGCGUACCGGCGCUCACCGACAUCCUCCGGGACCUGCGGCGGCGCACCCGCCUCGUCGCCUUCGUCGCCGACCUCUUCGGCGCCGACUCGUUCGACGCCGCGCGCGCCGCGGGGGUCGCCCGGCUGUACCUCUUCUUCCCCAGCAACCUCCACGCGCUCACGCUAUUCCUCCACCUCCCGGAGCUCGACGCCGCCGUGCCCGGCGAGUUCCGCGACCUCGCCGAGCCGCUGCGCCUCCCCGGGUGCGUGCCCAUCCCGGGGCCCGACGUGCUCAUGCCGCUGCAGGACAAGUCCAACCCCUGCUACAGGUGGAUGGUCCACCACGGCGCCAAGUACCGCGAGGCCGACGCCAUCCUCGUCAACUCCUUCGACGCCGCCGAGCCGGGCCCCGCCAAGAUCCUCCGGCAGCCGGCGCCCGGGCGCCCCGCCGUGUUCCCCGUCGGCCCGCUCAUCCAGGCCGACCGCGGCGGCAGCGACGGGCCGUGCCCGUGCCUCGAGUGGCUCGACCGGCAGCCGGCCCGGUCGGUCAUCUUCGUCUCCUUCGGCUCCGGCGGCGCGCUGCCGGCCGAGCAGAUGCGGGAGCUCGCGCUCGGGCUGGAGCUCAGCGGGCAGCGCUUCCUGUGGGUGGUGCGGAGCCCCAGCGACGAGGGCGCCGUCAACGACAACUACUACGACGCCGAGAGCAAGAAGGACCCCUUCGCGUACCUGCCCGAGGGCUUCGUCGACCGGACCCGCGACGUGGGCCUCGUGGUGCCCUCGUGGGCCCCGCAGAUAAAGGUCCUGGCCCACGGGGCCACCGGCGGGUUCUUGACGCACUGCGGGUGGAACUCGGUGCUGGAGAGCCUCGUGUACGGCGUGCCCAUGGUGGCGUGGCCGCUCUACGCCGAGCAGCGGCAGAACGCGGUGAUGCUGUCGGAGGGGGUCGGCGCCGCGAUCCGCGUCCCCGAGUCCAAGGGGCGGGAGAAGAUCGCGGCGGCGGUGCGGGAGGUGAUGGAGGGUGAGGGCAGAGGCGCCACAGUGCGGGCCAAGGUGGCGGAGCUGCAGAAGGCCGCGGCGGAGGGGCUCCAGGAAGGCGGCGCCGCCGCGGCGGCGCUCGCCGAGGUGGUGGAGAAGUGGACGUGCGAGGAGAACUAGAGAUGAUGCUGAGCUGAGUGUGCAGCUGCCAAUCCAUCCCAUUCCCAGCUACUACCCUCCCCCUCCAGCACUACCAUCUUUGGGGCCUGGCCGGCCCCAUGGUUUGUCCGUUUGUAAAUUAUUCCAAACUUUUGAUUUGUAUUUUGUAACUUAUUAUACAACCUGUAACUAUCCAUGCAUGUCCUUACUCCAUUGGUAGGUAGGAGUAACUAAUAAGGUAGCUUUGUGUGUACCAAGAUGCUAUUCUAUUUCGCCACUUUUAUUA